UCCGUGCGUCUGAUAAGAAUGACCCAUAACUGAGGGCGUUGGGCUAAAGUGGAUGGUGAUGAACUGGGAUAUCCCUCAUCUUGUCUAAUAUCCACUGACACACUAGUACUAAUCAUACGCAAUAGCUGAUUCAACUUUCGUCACCUUCUCGGUUGUUCCGGUGUAGGGUUUCGGCCCGACGUUGACAGUAUGUUCUCAAGUGAUGUUUGUUUUUAUGACAGGUCCAAUAUGUUUCUCUUAUAUCUUCCCUGCCUUACUUACUCAACUCUCACCCCCCACCUGCUUACGCUAAAAUCAAUGCCCAUGUUAGCCGCGCACCAUACCAAAAACAUCGAGCGGCAUCGCACUGACUUUUUCCUGGUCCGCACAUUCGACGAGUGUGGAAGGGGAGGUGAGCGUGUCGUCAUUCACAGGGAGCAGGUCAAGGCAUACUUCGACCACGAUCGCGCACUCCGUUUCAAGGACAACGUUGCCUUAGAUACCCCUGUGGGUUAUCACCUGUUCCGAGAGUCGUACAGUCGUGAGGCGAAGUCGACGGCGAGGUUUGCAUUCUGCGAGGUUGAUGAAAGCAGGAAUAUAAAAAUCGUGACUCCAGGACCUCCACCCAUCGAGCAGGAGGUAUUGUCUGACGGUGCGGACCUGUACAAUCGAGAGGAAGUAACUGGUGGAAUGGCGGAUAUUGUCAACUCCCUCCUAUGGGAUGCCGCUAGGCAAUUGAACGAGCAACAACAGAGAUCUCACCAGGACGAUCGACGUCGUGGGUCAGACCCCUAUGGCGACGGCUCUUCUUACGACAGACAUCGUUCUCCUAGCAGGAGGUUGGGAAACCCAGCGAUUACCACUGAUCCUGACACCCGCGAACCCUACGCACCCGCACGCCCCACCGCUGGGCCCAGUACCGUCGCUGACGACCAGCAUACGAUUGGAGCUGAAGAGUUACGCCACAGCGCGUACAAUUGGAGAGGGUACUUCUUUCCCUACAAGAAUACAGACUCUCAAAUCUGGAUAAACCUGUAGUGUGCUAAAGAAAGUUUUGUUGUGUCCCAUUGCAAGUGUUACUGCU